AUGCUUGAGGCGUAUGCAGUAUUGAGACAUCUGAGGCGUUAUUCCACCAUAUUUGCUAUGAGUUCGGGUGCGUUACCUGCCGCCAUUUCAGUUAUCCGAGUUUCUGGAAAAGAAAGUCGGCGGUGCUUGGAAGAGCUCACGGGUCGGGAAAAAAUUCUGCCUAGGGAAUUGUUCUAUGCGAAUAUUCGACGAGAUGGAGAACUUAUUGAUCGAGGCAUGGCGGUGUUUUUGCCGGGCCCGAAAACAUCAACAGGGGAAGAUGUGGCUGAAUUCUAUGUGCACGGCAGUCGAGCAGUUGUUGAUUGUUUAUUGGAAGCGCUUGCUCAGUUUGACAAUGUGCAGCCAGCAAAGGCUGGAGAAUUUACGAAAAGGGCAUUUUUCAAUGGAAAGAUGACAUUGCAUGAAGUACAGUCACUUGCGUAUCUUUUGGCUGCACGAACACAGCAUGAAGCAUUGGGAAAUAUAAGAAAGCAAAUUAUUGAAGUACGAGCUUCUGUGGAAGCAUCCAUUGAUUUCGGAGAUGAUGUUGAGUUCCAGUGGGAAGACAUUCGUGUUGCAAUGAGUUCAAUAAUUAGUGAGCUGAGCUGCAUUCAAGAACAAAUGAAGCGAGGAGCGUUGAUUAAUGAAGGUUUAAGGAUCGUUAUUCUAGGACAAACAAAUGUUGGAAAAAGCAGCUUAUUCAAUCAUAUGGCAAACCGAGACAUGGCUAUAGUGUCCAACAUUGAGGGAACUACUCGUGAUUCAUUGGAAAUAACAGUUCAGCUUUCUUCUGUCCCUGUGACCAUUAUUGAUACCGCAGGAAUUCGUGAAAUUCCUUUGGAUUCUCUUGAAGCAGAAGGCAUCCAGAGGACAUUGAGAAGAGCGGUGGAGGCCGAUAUUAUAAUCGUAGUAUUAGAUAGUAGCAUAUGCAAGGAUUUCGAAAGAGAUGUGCGCUCAGUGCUUUCUUGGUGUAAUCUCAAAAAAGAUACACCUGUUUUUGUUGCCCUGAAUAAGUGCGAUUUACGCAGUGUUCCGAAUAAUAUACUUCUUCCGUGGCCAGCUAUUAGCAUAUCAUGCAUUUCUGGUGAAGGGAUCAGUUCAUUGCUUAAAAUUAUUUGUGAUUAUAUCGAUGAGCUGUGUCCAAUUUCCGAUAAUAGCGCUCUUGUUAGUAGUCAGAUUCAUCGGUUACUGGUAAAAGAAGCCAUCUCUGUGCUUACAAAGGCACUGAAAGCAAAGGAUGUUGCCAUUACAGCAGAACUGUUACGCGACGUUUCGGAUUGCAUUAGCGAGAUGUCAGGUAUAGUUGUGAAUGAACAAAUUCUUGACGAAAUAUUUUCUUCAUUUUGUAUUGGGAAAUGA